GAGCGCCGAGCGUUUUAUUUGUGAUUUCAGCACGGCGCUGUGAGGUCCACGUCGCCCAAUCGCUCCGUGCCCGCCCGUCAGCUCCAAUUCGAAAACGACGUAAACGCCAGCCGUUCGCCAAGCGCGCGUAAUUCAAAGUUAUCAACUCGGAACACUGAUUCCCGGAAAAAGUGCAAAACGUUCGGUGCCAAGCAUAACCAACUGGAAAAUUAUAUUGAAAAAUAGUGAACAAACAGAUUGAUAGUAGUGCUAGUAGUGCCAGCUAUGUUGUCCAAGUUCUGUGAUGCCGCUUUGGGCCGCUCCUACGCCUGCUCGUCCCGCUUCCCUUCGGGACACCUGCUGGCCGCCCUCUGAUCCAAAAACGCCGCCCAGUGACUGACUGACAGGGAUCGUACCGCCCUGAACAAAAAACUUCAACGCAAUACCUUUUUUUCGUUUUCCAUCUAUUUGGAUAUAAACGUUGUGAAUCUAAGAACGGCCCAGCCGAAAAUGUGCACUGAGGUGAAUUCCGCGAUGGGUCUUCAAGCAACAGCCGCCACCAAGCGGAAGCAUGAGCUGACCUUCGAUAGCAAGGAUGCCAACACCACCUACACGGGCAACUGUGCCCCGCCCCCCGUCAAGGCCAACAAGUGGGCCAUCAGCAACAACAACUACCUGGAAUCGCUCGAGGAGCAGCAACAGCAACAGCAGCAGCAGCAGCAACAACAGCAGCAACAGCAACAGCAAUCGCCAACGGAGGCAGCUGUCGAGUCCAACAACAACCACAUCGUGCUGGAUGUGGCAUCCAUGGAUGGGCUGAAGCCAACGGAGCCAAGUAUUAGCAAUGGUCAUGAAGUUACUACCUUGAAGAGUCAGGCGGAGGUGCCGCUGCCGCCGACGGCGAGUGCGGCGAUCCCGGAGGACAGCAUCGCCCGCUUGGAGGUGGUGGCUGCCUCGGCGGUGCCCUGUGAACCCUGGACGGGCAGUGGCAACACGACGACUGCCUCGGCGGUGGUGGCGGGAUCACCAGCGGGAUCCGCUGAGCCCGUCGAUUGCAUCUCCAAGUUGCAGGCGGUCGCCGUGCCCAGUGAUCCGUGGGGCAGCAUUGCCACCCGCUCCACCCUGGCCACCACCUUGCUGAGUGCCGAUGAGCUGGACGACGACGACGAUGACUUCGAGGACGACUACGAGGAGGAGGAGAGCACCAUACCCACCUACUGUUCGAUGCGCUAUCAUCCGUUUGUGCCGCAUCCGCAUCCCCAUCCGCACCAGUUGCCGCCGCACCCCCACCAGCAGCAGCAACAGCAACAACAGCAGCAGCAGCAACAGCAACAGCAGCAACAACAGCUCUCGCAGCAGCAGCAACCACAUCCCCAGCAGCAGCAGCAACUCGCGCAGCAACACUCGCAGCUGCAGAGGAGCUAUGCCCCUGGCUAUGGAAGCAGGCAGCCCAACUACUACUCGGAACCCUUUCCGCAGCAGAAUUGCUCGCGCACCGGCGGACCGCAGCACAUGACGCAAUCGCCGCCGCCGACGCCGCAACAGGCGCGUGGUUUUGCACCGCCGCAGUGGGCGACAGCGGGCGGCAGUCCCGCGAAUCCCGCGGUGGGAUCGCAGCAGUUCUACGAGUCCGCCAGUGGAGCAGGAGGAGGCGGAGGAGGAGGAGCCUAUGCCCCGCCGGCGGCGCCACAGCAAACGAUACGCUGUGCGGAGAACGGCAAGUCCUACUUGGACUUGGGCUGCAGCAGUGGAGCCUCCGGAGCCACCGGUGGUUCGCCCAUCAGUCCGCCGCCCUCGUCGGCACCCGUGGUUCCCUUCGCCGGACUGCCACUUCAUGGCUUGCCACUCAAGCGAUGCUGCGACGGAAGAGCCGGCGGGUGGUGCAGUGCCAACAGGAGCUGUUACAAGGACACGCGGCUGAAGAUCCGCAACCUGUCCAUGUUCAAGCUCUCCCGCUUCCGCCAGGUGUCCGAGCAGUCGCUCUACCGCUCCGUCUUGAUCUGCAACACGCUGAAGCGCAUCGAUCGCGAGAUCGAAGCGGAAGCCAAGGAGCUGCACCAGGCGGCGCAGCAGCACCACCAGCAGGCGGCGGCAGCGGCAGCCGCAGCAGCAGCGGCGGCGGCACAAGCGGCGCAAUACCAUCCAGCCUACCAGCAACAGCAGCAGCAGCAACAACAGCAACAGCAGCAGCAACAGCAGCAAUCCCCGCCAGCGCCACUGCAUCCGCAUCCGCAGCAGCAACAGCAGCAGCAGCAGAUGGAUUACGCACCCGUUUUGAACUGCGCUCGGUUGGCCAACAUGGAUCACUACCAGCAACUGAGUUUCCAGCCACAACAGCAGCAACAGCAACAGCAGCAGCAACAGCAGCAACAACCUCCGCAACCGCAUGGCUACCACGAGCGACUGGAGAGCCAGCCUGCCGCCUACAGGGGCGUGGCAGCAGCGGGAGCGGGGGCUUUCGGCACGCAGCCCAGCAACUGUGAUACAUUGGCGGCGGGUGCGAGUAGCAACACGGCCAGCGGCAGCAGCAACAGCAGCAACUCCUCGGCGACAACGGCGACGAGCAGCAGUAGUUUGCAUCCCUACGAUCACUAUCCCUUUCGGGAGUCGCAGUCGGGUCGUGCCACGCCCUUUCCCGCCUGCCCCACGACCACAGCAGCAGCGGCAGCAGCAUCGGCGGCAGCAGCAGCAGCAGCGGCCAGCGGCGGAAUUGCAACUGCAACAUUAAGUAGCAGCAACAGCAGCAGCAGCAAUCUGAGCAGUUCCCCCGCCACCAGCAGCAGCAGCAACACCAGUUCCUCCACUGUAAUGAGCAGCAGUUCGAGCAACGCGCCGAGCAGCCAGUCGCCAGUUGCAGCCUCCGUGGCAAGUAGCAACAACAGCAACAACAACAACUGCGAUACCAGCGAUUCGGGCUACGCGGACGACGACUCCACGCGCUCGAUCAACUGGAGUUCGGUGCUCAGCCUGAGUUCGCAAUCGGCGCUGGAUCCGCUGAACAACAACGAUCUGUUCAGCAUUCUCCCGGCGGCAGCCACGCCCACAGCGGUUCCGGUGUCCGUGCCGGCGGCCAGCAGUUCCAACUCCUCGAACUCCGGCUCCACGCUGGCCUUCAGCGGCAGCUUCACCACCGUUCAGGCGAGCAGCGGGAGCAGCGGAAGUGGGAGUGGCAGUAGCAACUCCUGCGGCAGCAGCUCCACCACGGCCACGUUCACCACCCUGUCCACCAUCUCGUCGGCCACCCACUCGCUCACCUCGUCGUACGUGAGCAGCAUCAGCUCGAAUGUGUCGGCCGGGGCGAACACCUGGGAGUACGGCUUCCUGGACAUGGAGUUCGGCCUGGGCUCGGAGUUCACCGAACUGGUGCCCAGCUGCAAGCUGAGCUCCGAGGAUCUCUUCAAGAGCGGACUCGGUGGCCAAGUGGUGGCCGCAUCGCGGCUGCACGACAACGAGCUGGAGCAGCCGGCCCACAUCAUGGUCGGCAGUUAGUAUCAGUUGUAGACGACGACGAUGACGACGACGACGAAGGAGGAUCCCCAGCGGAGGAGGGCGACGUGCUGGUCGCGUCGCCUGCUGGCGCCCACUAGCAAUUCCAAGCAGUAUUGAUGAAUCGACGAAGGACACGAGACGGGGUGGGAAAACCAGGAUGGGGAGGGGGGAUCUUAAAUGCUAAUUAAAUGCUCAGGUUGUGAACGUGCAUGCAGAUAUAUAUAAUCCUAAUCCUUGGUCCUAAUUCCCCCCUCCCCUCCCCUUUUCCUUCUCCCUACAACACACACACACACACACACACACAAGCAAGCAAGCAAUCGAGGAUAAAGAACGUAAUUGCAAUCCAUAAAGAAAUUCGUAACUAAGUGAGAGAUCGAAAGGAAGAAGAGGAAUGAACAAUGAUUAUGACAAAUGA